GGCAUUAAUUAUAUUAAUCACUAAUUCAACUACCAAAUCAACCACCAAAUUAACUACCAUGCCAAAAGCCAUGCGUCAAACGUCGAGAAGACAGGUUGAAGAGCUUGCUAGGAGGCUCCGGAAGAUGCCAAAGUACAAGACGAAGCUAUAUUUGGAGAAGGAGGCUCGAAUGCAGGAGGCCCUGAAGGCAUACCACGACCUAUCCGAAACCGAAAUUACUAGCUUGUGGAUCGUAGCAGGCGUAUUUGACGUCUCUUAUACGACUUUAUAUGGAAGGGAACAGGGAGCAAAGCCUCUUUCGGAGAAUGGAGGGCAUAAUACGCGCCUAAAUAAGGCCCAGGAGAUGAGCCUAAUAUGGUAUAUGGAUAUAGCCAUUGAGGGGUUUCCCGCUUCGGUAUGAUAUGGUUACUCGGGCUGCCACGCAAAUUCUAGAGGCUAUAGGCCUAAUUAAUAGAGAUAAUGAUCGCCUGGGGAAUAAUUGGGCUCUUCGUUGGGUAGAAAAGCAAAGGAAGCUUGGGAGAUACCAUGCUAUAUGUACAAAGCCUAUGGAUUAUCAACGGAAGGAGGCACUUAUUCCAGAACUAGUCUUAGAGACGUUCGCACGGCUCCAGGCUAUUUUGGAUAAGUACGAAAUACAAAUAUUCGAUAUAUAUAACGUUGAUGAGAUUGGUUUUCGUAUUGGGUGCAUUGCUAGUUCGACAGUAAUUAUACAUAAGAAUAUUCGAGAGGUUUAUGUCAAAGAUCUAGCCGAACGAGAGUCGAUUAUAGUAAUAGAGUGCAUUUUAGCCGGAGGUUUCGUAAUUAAAGCCUUUAUUAUUAUGCCUUAUAAGGUGUUUAAAGAGAAGAUAUUCGAUAAUAAUCUCCCCGAUGGUACGAAAAUCGCCCAGAGCGAAACAGGCUAUACAGAUAACGAGCUAGCUAUUAGCUAGCUAUGGCAUUUCCACUAUUAAACCAAGGGCAUACGAAAAGGCAAAUAUCGUCUUCUCAUCUUCGAUGGCUACGGUAGCCAUAUGACUUACGAAUUUGUAUCUAUUUGCGAGUAAUUGGAUAUAAUACCCUUCUAUUUACUAGCACAUUCCACACACUUCUGUCAACCACUAGAUAUAGGCUAUUUCUUAUAAGAGAAGCACUGGCAUAAGCGCUCUAUUAAAGACAGAGUUCGUGCGGGGAAAAAUAACUUUACGAAGACUACGUUCCUUCAGGUAUUAACUCAAAUUCGUAAGAAAACCUUUACUAAAGGAAAUAUCCAAUCAUCAUUCAAAAGAGCGGGCAUCCACUCCCUUAAUCCUGAGCCAGUUCUUAGGGCUAUGAAG